UGUCACCUUUUAUUGCCUUUGAAUGUCGGAAAUAAAAGCGAUCCGCAAAAGGAAGAAGGCGAUGCAUGUAUUGUUGAUCGUUUGCCAUCGCAAUAUUUAUAUCAUAAAAUAUACUUCCGCAAGUUUUCCACGCUCGCUAAACAGUUUGCACAGCCGCCAAUAAUGUUACAUACGUCAAUGCUUAUAUACGCAUAAAAGUGUAAAACGUGUAUGUGUAAAACUUCUUAAUGCAAUUGUGUACUUAUAAAAGCUUCUAAUAAUUGCGAGACUAGAUCUCGUGCUCAUCAAAUUCCUCUGUUCAACGAUAUUCGUUACUUUUGUUCACGAUGAAGAUCGUCGCCACGAUACUUAUAGUUCUUGUACAAUGCAUCUAUUUACGUGCCGCGCCUAAUCCACUGUCACUCGAAGAUUUUGUAGGCUCGGAUUCCUGUUUGCUUGGCGCUCAAUCAGUAUCGGUGGUUCUGUACAACAGCCGGUUUUCCAAGGGCAAAGAUAUCGAGAUGGAAGAGUGCUGCGCAAAUAUCGAUUCAUCGGACCCGGUUUUCUUUAUAGUCCAUGGCUUUAUCAGUUCCGCAAACGCGACUAAUUUCCGAAAUCUGGCCUCGGAAUUGUCACAGAAAGGCAAUACGGUAUUUGUAGUGGAUUGGUCUCAGGGAGCUUGCACGGAUGGAAUACCUAUUGUCAAACUUGCGGAAUAUCCACAAGCAGUGAAGAAUACUCGCGAGAUAGGAAACCGCAUAGCAAAUUAUACCACUGCCUUGCUUAAAAAAUGCAACGUUCCCAUAGAAAACAUCAAGUAUAUCGGCCACAGCCUCGGCGCGCACGUGUCCGGCUUUGCUGCGAAAAAUGUUACGGCGAUGAUUGGGGAAACUAUUCCGUUUAUUUUGGCCCUCGAUCCUGCUGCUCCUUUUUUUGAAAACAAUGACUGUAAAGACAGACUUUGUAAAUCGGACACCAAACGUUUGGUACAAUUUAAGACAUCGACUCUCGGGAUAUCGAAACGAAUAGGACAUCUCUAUCUGCAAUUCGGCAGAGGAAAAAUGCAACCGGGUUGCAGCAUAAAUGUCUCUUGCUCACACAGCGAAUCUAUCGUGUAUGCAACCGAUGUUGUGGAGGAUAAAUGUAAACAUCUUGCCAUUCCUUUGGAUGAAAGCUUAUGGGGUUCACUUAAAAGCCCCAAAUAUCCUACUUCUAACACAACGGAUUGUAUUGUCGUGAACAGUAACAUAUUAAAGAGCGACAAUCCCAUGGAAGGAGAUUAUCGUGUAUUUCCUGAAUGUGCAAAGGAAACGUUUAAUUGCAAGCAGUGAAAGUAACAAAUUGUGAACUGAAAAUGUUUCAUUAUAACACGAAGUUUUAUAAUGAACAAUUGUAAAUAAUUAAAUCGUUUGAUCAGCAUAUAAAUCUUUCUUUCCUCAAGAUCCUCGAACUAUUACAAAUAAAACAAAUCACUGUUAUCUCACUCCUAAAAAAUAAUAAUAAAGUCGAAAAUCAAAUCUA